GGGUUUUGGCUUUUGCUUGUAAGUUUGGGGGAAAAACACCACCUUCUCGCCUUGACUGUAUUUGCACUUUGCACGUUACAUAAGAGUAUUGUUAAUUGUAAACAGUUCAGCACAGCUUUGUCUGAAAAAGACACAGCUACUUAACGUACGAUGGGCUUUGAGGACUCUAUUAUGCAGACAAUUGAAUACGCCAAAGAGACCCUUGGUAACAUUGAUCGGUCUAAACUGCAGCUCCUAGCACUCUCUUCUGCUGGGGUUGGAGCUGUUUUGUGCUACUUGGCAUGGAAGCAAAGCCCCAAAACUAUACCUGUGGGGGAUGGCUGGUGGGGAGCUGGAGAGAAGCCUUUAACUGAGGACGAAACCAUUCACAAAUUUGUAGUGACGACCUCAGUGGAAGAGAUAGAGGAUCUACACAGACGCAUUGAUCAAACACGCUUCACGGAUCCACUGGAGGAUAGCCGCUUUAAUUAUGGAUUCAACUCUAACUAUCUUAGACGGGUGGUCUCUUAUUGGAGGCACCAGUUUGACUGGGAAAAGCAGGUGAAGGUGAUUAACCAGUAUCCUCACUUCAAAACCAAAAUUGAGGGAAUAGAUGUGCAUUUCAUCCACGUGAGGCCUGUCCAGAAGGCUGGACAGACAGUUCUCCCUCUCAUGAUGGUUCAUGGCUGGCCUGGUUCCUUCUAUGAGUUUUACAGGAUCAUUCCCUUGCUCACUAAGACUGAUUCAGAUGUGGUCUUUGAGAUCAUCUGCCCCUCCAUUCCAGGCUACGGCUACUCAGACGCGCCACAUAAAAAAGGAUUCAACACUUUGGAGGCUGCCCGCGUCUUCCAUAAGCUGAUGGAAAGACUUGGAUUCACUGAGUUUUACGUGCAAGGAGGAGACUGGGGAGCCUUCAUUACGAACAACAUGGCCCAGAUGAAGCCAGAGUGCAUUCGUGGUCUGCACUUGAAUAUGGUCAUUGCCAGGACAGACAGCUUUGGACAGCUCCUCUCCUUAGUCAUUGGUCGCUACCUGCCGUUCCUGGUGGGCUUCACAAAGGAAGAUGUCAGACGACUCUAUCCUUACAUGGAGAAGAAUAUAUUUGAUAUACUGAGAGAAACUGGCUAUUUACACAUUCAAGCCACUAAACCAGACACAGCAGGUUGUGGACUGAAUGACUCACCAGUCGGAUUGGCUGCCUAUAUCUUGGAGAAAUUCUCCUCCUGGACAGACUUAGGAAACAGAGACUUGGAGGAUGGAGGUUUAGAGAGAAAGUUCAGUCUAGAUGACCUUCUUACAAAUGUCAUGAUCUAUUGGACCACGUGUUCCAUCAUUCCCUCAAUGCGCUUCUACAAAGAGAACCUGAAGAAAGAUUUCAAGACAAGGGUGGACAGAGUGACAAGUGUAUAUGUGCCCACUGGCCUGGCUGCCUUUCCUGAUGAGCUACUCCACUGCCCUAGGGCCUGGGCUGGCUCAAGGUUUACAGAUGUGCGUUCUUUCACCUACAUGUCCCGAGGGGGACACUUCGCUGCCUUGGAAGAACCUCUGCUGAUGGCUCAAGACAUAAUUCAGUUUGUGGAGAAAGUGGAGAGCAAAGACCACAAAUAACAGCAGUAUAUUAAGAAAAUAAUGCACUGCUCUGAUCAUUUCUCUUUAGUGUCAUUAGUGCAUUUAACAAUCUGAAGUUAAUUCAGUUGAAAAUGCAAGGUUCAACAUAAAGGAAUCUGGUGGUUUUUCAAUGAAUCAAAGUUAUAUGAAGAAGUUCUGUACAAUAUAAUUAUUUUUUUGCUUGAUUUGAGCAUAAGAACUCUACAGAUAUACUUUUUAUUGUCUGCUGUUAAAAUCAGUAAACAUUUCUAAAAAAAAAAUGAAACACUAACUUCUGCUUGCUAAAAAGAAAUUUAGUUUCAUUGUACAUUACAAUAUACAUGCUACAACUGUCAAUUUGCAUCAUUUCAGCCAGAUUUAAUGAAGUCUGACCUCAAUAUUGAAUGUUCUUUUGUAAGUGAAUGGAAUUACAAAUAAAAACAGUACAAAGAUA